GACCCCCAUCUACUGCUGUCAUCAUCAUGCUCUCUCGCUCCGUCCUCAGCGGUGCGUCCGCCGCCCGCCGCCACGUUCUGCAGCAGCAGGCGCGCUUCGCCUCAUCCGGAUCGGCAGGCAGCGCCGCGCCGUCGCUGCCCAUCCCACCCAAGGUCGCCACACCGCAGUCGGUCAAGGGACCCGGUGGCAGCAGCGCCCGCAUGGAUGCUGUCGUCAACUUCUACAAGAGCCUUCCUAAGGGUCAGGCUUCCGUGCGAAGGGGCGGCGGAAUCAAGGCGAGAUACUUCGAUGGAAAGAACGCCAGCGGCGCGCCCAUCGUCGCGACCAUGUUCGGCUUGUUCCUCCUUGGAUACACCAUUGACUACAACAUGCACUUGAAGCACCACAAGAACGCUCACCACUAGAUGUGCGACUUUUGGUAUUCAGCGCGCGCUUCAAUUAAGGCUUGCUGCUCCUCGCAGCGGUUGAACACUCUCACGAUACAUUAAAGGUACUUCUGAAUGGGCGGACCAUCGUGAUAGCAAGAAAGAGAGACCGGGCAGCUUGUAUGCAUACAGUAGCAAAUCAAUCCGAG